AUGGUGUCGAGAAAGGAGAUGGCCCGCCAAGAUGGGACUGCCAUGCCCACCGCCUCAGCCCCGCCGCCCACGCCCGCAGCGUGUCUGCCAGGCUACGUGCGCUUCCCGCUGCUCAUCGUGCUGAGCCUCGCCACGUCAUUGUCGCUGCUCUCGGCCACGUCCGAAUUCAUAGACCCUCAGCUGCGCGAGGUGUCGCAGAGCUCUUCGUCCAACGAGGACGUGAAGGUUCUGUCGUCGAUAGCGUGGAAGCUGACGGAGCUGUCGGUGGCAUGGUUUGGAAACUUUGACGACAUCGACCUCGUCGCCCUCUCGGUCCUCACCCACGCGCCGUGGUACUACCUCCUAACCACCUUCUACGCCGUGGAACCCACCACCGCCCUCCUCUGCCUCGCCAUCGACGCCCUCUCCCUCGCCGGCCCCACGCGGCUCCUCCGCCCGCGCUCCCCGCAACACAACCCGCGCGCGCCCCGCGCCGCAGUCCCAAACGCGGCCAUCCUCGCCGACGCGCAGACGACUUUCGCCACCGCCCUGCUCGCCGCCGCCGUCCACGCCGUCGCCCUCUUCGCCGCCCUGCAGUCGUUCCUGCCCGCCUUCCUCGCCGUCCGCUUCGACGGCCUCGCCUCCCUCGAGGCCGCCCACGCCGCGACCGUCCCCGCGCUGCUCGCCGCCCUCGUCCCCGUCGGCUUCGCGGCGAGGGAGUUCGUCCUCGUGCCCGCGCUCGCGGCGCGCGAGUCGAGCGCGGAUGCGGCGCGCAAGGCGGCCGCCGCGUUCGACCCCGCGACGAGCGGCCUGCGCGAGCAUCUCGUGCAUAAUCUUUGGUGGUUCGGGAAGGGGGCGAGGGUGUUGGUCAAGCGCGCGGCGGUGGCGGCGGCGCUGACGGCGGCGCAUGUGGGCGUGCAUGCGAGCGCGAUGCUGAGGGGGGGCGAUGUCGUGGGCGCGUUGGGGUAUGCGGGCGUUUGGGUGGGGGCGGGGGUCACGACGGGGGUGGUGUAUGCGUGGGUGGAGAAUGUGUGA